CACAGCCGCCGCCGCGCCGCGUCUUCGCCUCCGCCGCAACGAUGCCGUCCCACAAGACCUUCCGCAUCAAGCAGAAGCUGGCCAAGAAGCAGCGCCAGAACCGCCCCAUCCCCUACUGGAUCCGCAUGAGGACCGACAACACCAUCAGGUACAACGCGAAGCGCAGGCACUGGCGCCGCACCAAGCUCGGGUUCUAAGCAGGGGAGAUCCCGGCCGGCUGCUCCGUGGGGAUGCCAUGGUGCCAGCGUUAUCUGCAUUUCGUUUUAUGUUUCAGCGUCUAUGCAAGUUAGGAAGUGAUUCCAGGAUGUUUGAAUUAAGGUUUUGGUGAUGUACUGAGGAUACCAUGAUGUGCUAAGUAAUGAACCCUUCCUAUU